UCAUCAAUUCUGGAAUUACUUCUUUGAUGUAGUCUUAAACUAUAGGAAUCUUUUGGCUGAUGUAUUUUUGGCGGGGAUCAUUGUUAUGACUGAUGCAUAUUGAUUCAACUUUGACGUCUGUUUUACUCUGAAAAUCGCUGCCGAAAAUUGGACAGAUGUGAGUUGAUAGAAGUAAUCGUUCAACAUGAAUGGUGAGGUACCAAAUGUUCCCAUCACCACCUUAGCAGGGAUAACAAGUCUAACAGACUUGUUACCCGAGCUACCCCUACCAACACCAUUGCCAAAUGCCAUAAAUAAUAAAAGUCUUCUCCACAACUCAAAACUGUCAGAGAAGUCAAGAAAACUAUUAGAAGAUGCAGAUGAUGCCUUGGUUGAACAGAUCUCGGAAAUUCUCCGACAAAGCACCACUGAUGACAUUGAACUCAAGGACAACCUUGAAGGGGCUCCUGUUGAUGGUGAAAUGUCGGAGCUACUUAGAGCCAUAUUAGCAAAUGAUCCAGAAGUUUUCUCCGGAGGAUCCAAGGAGCGGUCAAGGAGAAGUUCUGGCAGAAGUUCUCAUAGUGGAAACCAGUCACCCUACCAGUCGCAUUCUCCAAGGAUUGGUCUUCCAACUGGGACUGGUUCAUCAAGUGUACAAAAAUCACCAUCUCUUCCGCAUCAACAGCCAGGGUCAUCAAAUUACAAUGGUGAACACUUCGAUAAGCGAAACAAACACAAGCUACCAACAGCAGUCAUGAGUUCUCCUGCUCAAGCUACAGUUGCAGAAUCUGCCAUGAGGCAAACAACUGGCAGGCAUUCUGGAGUGAUCGAUCUAGAUGAUGAUAGUGAUGGUGGUUCUAUACAAAUGUCGAGGUCAAAUAAGAAAGAAUAUGAUAGAAAGAAAGUAGCUAAGUGUAGGGGAAAGAGAAAUAAAGCAACAGUAAUGAAGAAAUCUGAAGAGAAGUUAAGAAAUGAAUUUUUGGUUGAGAAGAUGAAAGCCUCUGGAAAACCUGUAGUCUGUCUUGAACCUUUAGGCUCAAAGAUGGAUAGUAUGUUUGAUCUGGCUAAACAGAAAGAUGAUAUCUGGAAUACCAAGUGCAAACCUGUCAGAGUGUCCCUUGAACCAUUAGAUGAAAGGGAUGCAAAAACUAAGACGUUAAAGUCCAUAGCUACUGGUGGAACAGUGAAAACCAAAGGUAUGAAAAGGCAUCAUGGGGAUCACUAUGACAAUGAUUAUGGCUCUGAUCGAGGAAAGAGAAGGAGACGGUCUGGCAGAAUUGAGGAGGAAAGUGAAGAGAGUGACCAUGAUUCUGUCGAAGAAUUGAUGCGACGAAAGAAGAAAGAGAAACGUCAGAGGCGCAUGAAUCAAACAGACAUGAGUAUUGAAGAGCUUCUAGACAGUCCAACAUUUAAAAAAUUCAGUUCUGCCCUGGAAUAUAUCUUUGACAGUGCUGAAGAUGUCAAUUUUGGCAGCUUAGAUCCAAAUGACGAAGAUGUAGAAUGCCCUCCAGAAUCGUUGAUCAGUCGGACAGUGUUGUCUGAACUAACUAGUGAGACAGCCAAGCUGAAGUCAAUGGGAGUGUUAAACCAAGUUCCAGCAAAUACACUUGUAAAACUGCUGACCAUAUUACAGUGGAAUAUCAGGGAUGGUACUAAACUGUUGCCCAGUCUAAACCAGGAACAUGAUGAUGAAGAUGAAGAGGGUCAGAAACUGUGGCGAGAGAUUGCCAUGGAACGUGUUGGCAGGUCCAUUGAUGCAGCACUUACAGCCAUAUAUAUCAUGACAUCACCAAAAAUGCCAAAGCAAGUGUUUAUAGAAGAUGUUAUAGAUAGAAUUGUCAUGUUUGGAAAGUUCCAGUUGCAGAAUACCAUUUAUCCAGAAUUUGAUCCUGUAUAUAGAAUAAACCCCAAAGAUAAAGAUGGAUACCAUAGUAGUUCAAAGAUGAAGAGAUCUCGGGCUAGUCAAGUGAAACACAAGUCUUCUGUAUCACUAUACAAUAAACUAACCGACCUGGUUGGUAACCUUGCAGAACUUGUAGAAAUCCAGGAGCUUACUGACACCAUUAUCUUACAGAUUUCAACAUUAGGUGUUGCUCCCUUCUUUGUGGAAAAUGUUAGUGAGUUGCAGUUAAAUGCAAUGAAACUUGUUACAACUGUGUUUGCCCAUUAUGACAAGCACAGGCAAUUAGUGUUAGAGGAUAUCUUCUCAAGUUUAGCAAGACUGCCUUCCAGCAAAAGAAAUCUCAGAAGUUACAGAUUAAAUGCGGGUGAACAUAUACAGAUGGUUACAGCUUUAGCAUUACAGUUGAUACAGUGUGUAGUAAAGUUACCUCAGCCAAAAAGUCAGGAACAACCAACAGAAGAAGAACAAAUUGAAGAAGCUGCCAAGUCAAAACGAGACAAACAUGGAAGGAACAAAAGAAAAUCUGAUCCUUUGGACCCAGAUGUUGUGAUAGUGACUUCUUACGAGACUGCCAUAAGAACCGGCUACAACUUCCUGUCUGUAUUUCUGAAAAAGUGUACAGUAAAAGGAGAGGAAGACUACCGGUCUUUGUUUGAAAACUUUGUACAUGAUCUCUUAUCAACAGUGAACAAACCAGAGUGGCCAGCUUCAGAACUACUUCUCAGCUUGUUGGGGAGAAUACUGGUGCAACAGUUCAGCAAUAAAUCCAUAGAGAUGUCAUUGAGAACGUCUGCACUGGAGUAUUUAGGUAUUGUAGCAGCAAGGUUGCGGAAAGAUGCAGUGUCUAGUCAGUUAGGUCAAGAAAUUAUUGACGAUAUUGUUACCAAGGUGAACCAUGAAAGUGAUAAAGAGGAUGAGGAUGAUGUCCGGAGAUCAACACGAAGUGGCAGGAAAUCACCCGAGGAGGAAGUAAUUGAACCAGAUGAAACCCAGAGUUUGCAGAAAGCUAUGCUUGACUACCUCUCAUAUCAUGGUGCCAGUGAGCCGGCCUAUUUGUUUGCCCGCCAGUUUUACAUUGCUCAGUGGUUCAGAGACACAACUAAAGAAGCAGAAAAGAAAAAUAAGAAAGCGGAUGAGGAUUUUGAUGCUGCACAAGAGGAGAAAUCUACAGAAAACAUGACCGAUACAGAAGCUAGAACAAAAUUUUUACUUUCACAAGUUGAAAUCAGCUAUAAACCAUACUCAUCAUACAAACCAAUGCCAAGCAAGCUGGACUAUGAUAAUGGCUGUCUUGUAGCGAGGUAUCUGUCAUCAAAAAGACCGUUUGCCCAAAGUUUUGAUAUUUAUCUUGGCCAAAUCCUUAAGGUGCUAGCAGAGAAUGCAGUAGCCAUAAGAACAAAAGCAAUGAAAUGCCUCACAUCUGUUGUUGAAGCUGAUCCUGGAGUGUUAGCUAGACCUGAUAUGGAGAGAGGUGUACAUGGUAGAUUUCUUGAUCCUUCCACGUCUGUGAGAGAAGCAGCAAUAGAACUUGUGGGAAAGUUCAUUCUUAUCCGUCCAGAACUCAUACCACAGUACUAUAACAUGCUCUCAGAGAGAAUAUUGGACACAGGUAUCAGUGUGAGAAAACGUGUGAUAAAGAUCUUCCGAGACAUUUUCAACGAAAAGCCAGACUUUAAUAAAAUUCCAGACAUGUGUGUGAAAAUGAUUCGCAGAGUGAAUGAUGAAGAUGGAAUUAAAAAACUAGUGAAUGAAGUGUUUCAGACUAUGUGGUUUACUCCUUUGAGUUCUCGAGAAAAAGACUCGACAAAGCUUAUUCAAAGGGUUGUUAAUAUCACUGAGGUUGUUGCGGCUAGCAAAGAUACGGGUUUUGAAUUUAUUGAACAAUUACUGGACAAUUUGUUAAAGAAAGACGAGCAUGGAAACUAUAACAAGUCAGCAUUAACGUCGUGUAGACAAAUUGUAGACUGUUUAGUUGAAAAUGUGUUACGGCUAGAGGAAACCAGUGUUGAUGGCAAAUGCAGUAACCGUUUGUCUGCCUGUCUGUCCACACUGUACCUGUUUAGCAAAAUAAAACCAGAUUUGAUGUUAGAACAUGCACAAACACUCCAACCAUAUCUCAAUAUCAAAUGUAGUAAUCAGGGUGAUUUCUAUGUGCUACAUUAUGUUGCAAGGAUAUUGGAACUUGUGAUACCAUUGAUGGACCAUCCAAGUGAAAACUUCCUUGCACAGGUGGAAGAGGACAUGAUCAAAUUGAUAUUGAAUCAUGGAAUGAUGGUGCUAGAAAGCUGUGUUAGCUGUUUAGGUGCUGUUGUAAAUAAUGUCAGUCAUAAUUAUCCUCUUGUUAAAGAUUGCUUCCAAAAAUUCUUCGGUUAUCUGGUGAAGUUCCAGUCAUAUCACCAAGGCCACCCUACAGUCCCGCUUCAAGGCAACAGAAAGCCAACCCUUCUCAGGUCACUGUUCACAGUUGGUCUCAUGUGUAAACACUUCAAUUUUGAAUCCAAAGAGUUGGGAGAUGAUACGGAAACUUCCUUAAAGGAGAAAAUAUUUGAUGUGCUGGUUUACUACACAACACAUGUGGAUGAAGAUGUGCAAUCAAAAGCUCUUACUGGUCUAGGUUUUCUUGCAGUUCGGCAUUAUGAAUAUAUGUUGGGUAGGACACUAAAAACCAUGUACAGUGAACAUUUAACCAAUCCAGAUACUCCUAUAAAGCUCAAGUGUCAGGUAUUAAAAAACCUUUACUACUACUUGGUAGAAGAGGAAGUGAGAAUGGCAAAGUCAGAUGCUGACUGGAAAAAACAUGCAAAGGAAGAGGACCUGAAGGAAAUGGGAGAUGUGCAAUCAGGUAUGGCCAGUACCAUUAUGCAAGUGUACUUGAAAGAGGUGUUGGAAGUGUUUUUCUCUAGCAAGUCGCAGGUUCGACUUGAAGCUUUAAAUGUGAUACAGUUGGUUCUCAAGCAGGGCCUCAUUCAUCCAGUACAGUGUGUACCAUAUCUCAUCAGCAUGGCAACCGACUCAGAAGCUCCUAUCAGAGUGAAGGCUGAACAGCAGUUACAGGAAAUUGAGAAAAAAUAUCCAGGUUUCAUUCAUAGUAAAGCCUUGCAAGGCAUUAAAAUGUGCUUCCGUCUACAUCGCCUUAUACAGGGGACUGAGAGUAACAACAUUGUGGUGAGAGGUCUGCACAACCCAGACGAUAACAGUUCAAGUCUUAACGCAUUCCUUUACAACAUUUUACGUACCAAUAGGUCACAUCGUAGAGCCAUUCUCACCUCAUUACUCAAUCUUCUUGAUGAUUCUGCAAGAAUCAACCUACCAGAACAACUGUAUAUUGCAGACAACCUUGCCUUCUUUUUAUACCAAACUCAGGAUGAACCCCUCUACAUAAUCCACCAGAUAGACAUUAUUGUGUCAGUGUCUGGAUCCAAUCUUUUACAGUCUUUCAGAGAGAAGCUGCAGUUCAAAGACAACAGAUCAAGAAAAAUGAAAAAGAAAGAAAGUAGUGCACCAGUUAGACGAUCCACACGGUCUAGCAAGAUGCUGUCAAAUCCACAUGCAACAGAAAAUGGUGUUGUUAAUGAUAAGCCUAACAUGUACUAUGAUGAAGAUGAUGAUGACAAAGACAUUUUAUUAAAUCGUUUACCAGGAGACAUUGCGCCUUUAAAAGAAAUCAUCUGGAUAGCUCAAGGCUGCAUUCUUCUCCUCUAUCUCAAACAACAUCUCAAAGACAUGUAUGGAUUUACUGAUGGCAAAAUCCAGAAUUACUCUCCCACUGAAGCAGCAAAAGUGUAUGACAAGCCCCUACAACGUAAAUCACUGGUAAAGUUCAAUCCAGAACAAGUGAUCCAUGUUUUACGUAACAAGGAAAACGAUGAGGAGAAAUCCCAGAAGGAACAGGCUGAUCAGCUGGUUGAUGAUUACCUCGCUUUCAAAGAUCUCAUGUUAAGUGUUGACCCACCAGACGAAGAUGAUAGCGAUACUGAACAACGUGCAGCACAACCCUCCGCGACGACCACAUAUACUAUAAAAUCUCGGCCGGAGGAUGGUGGGGGAGAUGCAGGGACCACUAACCACAUGGAGAAUGGUGACCACUCAAAGAAUAACGCAGAUGUUAUAAUGGUUGAUGGAGACAAUGGAGACGCUGAUCAUGUCAACUUGGAUAAAGAAUCUCCUUCUGAACCUAUGAAACCCAAAAUUCCACCCAUGAUUAUAUCAACUUCAAAAAUAAACACUCCACAUCGUGAAAAAGAGAAAAAGAAAGGAUCAUUAGUUCGGACUAUACGAUUACCUGGGGCUUCCCAACUUCAGGCCUCGGCACAUAACUUUACAUCACCUGUACAUAGUCAUUCAUCACAUCACAGUUCCCAUCAUUCAUCGUCAUCAUCAUCAAGAUCUCAUCAUCAUAAGACCCCGUCAUCCACACAUAAAAAGAAGAAGAAAAAACGGAAACGUUACACAUCAGAUUCUGACGAUGAUAACGAUAGUGAUUAUGAUCCAUAUGGUUGAUUAUAUUUGUAGUCAACAGAUGUGAUAAAUCAGGUGCAAAUAAAUAUAUUGUGAUGGUACUGUGAAAAAUCAUUAUGGAGACAAGGUCUGCAUAAUGUGUGGAUGCAGAUUAUGUUGUGGAGGCAUGAGAUAUUCAGCUUUCGAGAGUUAAGCUCAUGGAACCAUUAACACAACAGACAGUGAAGUGAAUUAGCUCAAGCCCGUCUGGCGGGGAAAGGGACAGGUGGUAUUUCAAAGGUCAUACCUUUCAAUGGAUGCAAGUUUGAAAUCCAUUUGCACAAUAAAGUUCUUCAAAUCUGAGGCAGCUGUUGAACAAGGAAACUGUAGUGAGGAUUAGUGUUGUUGUCUGUGUAAGAAUGAUAAACAGUGUGUCCAGAGGAGGUAGCAUACUGGUUGAGCAGUUGUGCCAAAAAUAUUCCAAAACCAAUUAAAUUAUGUUCUUGUAAAUCAACAAAGCAUUGAUCAGGUUCUUUGUCUGUGAUUCCUUUAAUUCUAUAUAGCAAAGCAAACAAAACAUUCUGCUGACAUUUCCACCUUAUCCAUUACUAAAGAUAUUUUGAUAGUUAAAUAGUCGUUAGAAUUGAUGCCCAUUCUCUUAAUGCAAAAACUGCCUUGAAAGUACUUGAAUUGAAUACUGACUUAUCAGUAAAAGUCGUUCAGAAUGCUAAGAAAUUAAGUGGUGAAAUCUGUUGAAUUUUUUUAGUGGAUCAAUAUGUUCAUGUAUUUGUACAGGGUUCAAGCCAGUAGGGAGGAAAGCAAUGAUACUGGUUUCUGGCUUGCAUAAGUUAGCAUCUGACUUCUAUGUUUUACAAUAAGUUGUUUUUGGCUGUUCAUGGGAUGUGAAAAUUGCUGGAAAUAAGAAUGUUUCCAAUAAAAACGAACAUUAAAUACCUGUGGUUGAGCAAAGUGGACAGUAAGCGUAAAUUAGAAUUCAGUUUAAAGCAGUUUGAUGUGUGAAACAUGAUAAUUGACAUACAAAAAGUGAAAGGUAUUUUAGAAAUGUAUCAUCUGAUUUCGAAAAAUUAGUCCCUAAGAAAAGUCUAGAAAAAAAAUCAUGAAUUGUGAGCUUGAAUGAACCUUGUGAAAAACCAAAAUAUCAGUUUUAAAUAAAAAGAAAUAAGAAUAUGAGCUUUGAAACUCACAGAAAAGUUUGAUUCUAAUAUAUUAACUGCAUGUACAGUAUUUGUCAAGAUAUUUAAAUGCUUGCAUAUAUAUUAUUUUUAUAGAAGGCAAAAUCUUCGUUAUACUUGGCUUUAUAUGUUGAGGUUUUAUACUGCAUUUUGAGACUUUAGUAAUGAUAAGUACAGAAAGACAAAAAAUACUGGUAGUUAAAAUAUUUUAUGUUGGUUAUCUACAGGACAAGUUUACAGCAAGAUUUUUUCAUUCUUAUGUAUGAAAUAAAUAAAAAAAAUAGUGAUUUUGUUAGCAGUAUUAAUAGACUACUUCUAGAAAUUAAAAUUAAUGAAAAAUUAAUAGAGAUUUUUUCCUUCCACUGUGAUUAGAUAUACUUCAAUCUGUAAUCCCAAUAGAAUUAAUUGACAAUGUUGGAAUGAUUUAUUAAAUGUGGGCAUUUUUGAUUUAGAAAAAAAAAAAUCAUUGUGAUAGCUACUGCUUAUAAGAUGGAAGUUUCUUAAAUCUUUUUUCUUUAUUUAUAAUAUGGGUAUGGUAAAUCAGUGCUUGUUCAGCAUUUUCACAUCAAACAGAAGCAUUUGGGUGAAGCAGGGAGGGGAAUUUUAUUACAUUUUAAUUGCUGUAUGAAAAAUAUCUUUGCCUAAGUUGGGUAGCUUAAGUAUUAUAACAGAACAAAAAUAAAGUCUGACAAAAGGUAAUUGUCUACAAUUUAGACGUUUAGUUCCUAUACAGUACUAUUCACUAAAAUAAUUGCUUUGAUUCUUUUGAAGGAAUAGAUCAGCGCUUCAGGAAAUGCUUGUGGGUUGUCCAAAUGGCCAAAAUGUUCAAAAAAUCGCAACAUAAUGAAAUAUUAUGAUGCGAAAAUGCAGCUUGUAUGUAUGUUAAUUUUUGUGUGUCAAAAAAGUAUUUAUUGUGAAUGUUUCAAAAUCUUUGAAAAGGUUAAAGUGUUUACUAUAAUUUUAAUUAUAUUAAAUGUUAUAAAGAAAAAAAAUUGUUUUAAGAAUUUACGUUCGAAUAUCAUUUUUAAGUAUGCAAACUGCUGCAAAAUUUACUGUGAAACUAUUUUUAUGGGGAUGUAUGAUGUUCCUGUUCAUUUUAAUGUUUAAAUGUAUUUUUUACCUUUGUAAAGAAAACAUACAUUGUUCUCAUUUGUUGAUAGAUUCUCAUGAAAUCGUGUCAUCUUUUCAUUACGUAUUUAUUUGAAUGUUUUAUGAAAUUGCAGAAGUUAUAAUAUUUCAUCAUUGUCAUUGUUCAAUUCCAUCAGUUCUGCAAUUUGCAGCUAAAUUGACAAAAAAUAUAAAUUGAAAAUUAAAAAAGAACAAAAACCUUUA